GUGUGUGUGUGUGUGUGUGUGUGUAGUAGCUUUAAACGGGGGAAUCUGGACACCCUCUCUGAAUUGAAUAGGACCCUCUGCAGGCAGGCAGGCCGUGCUUUCUCUGCCCCUCUCAAUGUGCUUUCUACCAAAUGGAAGCAGAGGUGUUGAACCCCCAGAUGAUGGCAGACGUCAAUGGCAACAAUAAAAUCACCAACGCGGAGCUGGAGGUGUUGAAGCUGCAGGAAUUAGUCCGAAAAUUGGAGAAGCAAAACGAACAAUUGCGGACCAGAGCGAACGCUGUAAACAAUUGCUCCAUCGGCCCUCAUCUCCAGACCUCGUUGUCGUGUCUGCACGUUGGCACGCCGUGUCCGACGGACCAUUUCCCCGCUAAAUAUGGCAUUUCGAGUCCGACACAGACGCAUCCGUGCGCCCCCGGACCCCGAGGUUCACCGGAGGAGCCGUUCGCCUAUUUCCAGCCGAGCUCGGUGUCUCCUGACGCCGCUGGGGAGGACGGCGUCGCCGCUGGAGGCACAACUGUUUUGGAUGAGGUUGAAAUUUUGGACCUCAACAUCGUGCUCCCUGUCGUGGAGCCUGAUAGCUGGCUGUACGUGAGCCCCAAAGCCAAGCUGCAGGGCGAGAGCAUCCUCAGUCCUCUUCAGUGGUGCAGGCAGGUACUGGACCACCCGGGGCCCGAGGUGGAGCUGGCGAGAAUGACCCUCUGCCACAGACUGGACCAAGCUAAGCGAUGGCGAGGAGUCUCCUCCGUCCGUCCCUACAGCUGCAUAGAGGGGCUCUCCACCCUCAGCUGCCCCGUCCUGCCUUACACUAAACCUGCUGCACUAACCGAGUCCCCAGCUCCUUUGCCAUCACCUGCUCAGUCUUUUCUCCAGCCGACUCUCCCACUCAGGGCCAGCUGCAGCCUCAGUGACAGAGCGCCCACCUUCCUAUCAAACUCCGCUCUCCACAAUGUAGGUCGCCGGCAUGCGGCUGUCAGCCCCCAGUCUUCCCUGGACAGCGAGGUGGGUGCGUCAGAGCUGGAGGACGACUCCAUCUCUAUGAGCUACAAACUGCAGGACAUGACAGACGUGGAGGUCAUGGCACGGAUUCAGGAGGAGAGUCUCCGACAGGACUACGCCUCUACCUCACAAACCGCCACAGCCAGCCGUCGCAGCUCCAGCUUCUCCUUACACUCCCUCAGGCGCGGCGAGAUGGAUCUGGAAGAGGAGGACGAGGAAGACGAGGGUUACGACCAGCUCCCUCCUCCCCAGCCUCGACUGUUCCGCACGGGGUCUAUGCAGCGGGGCAGCCUGCCCCACUCUCACACUUUCUCCAGUAUCAGAGACUGCAGACGCAGCUCGAUCACACCUCAGUUUUCACUCAGUGGACUCUCCCAGUACUCUGGACCCUCCAGCCUGAGCACAGACACACAAACAGCGUACAGGAAUAGCACAGACAAGCUACGGAGAAGCAUGCCCAACCUGAUCCGAGCUCCCAGCAUGCCCAGUGUUCCCAGCAUUCCGUGUUUGGCAUCCCCCGUCAACCCACCCUCCCACGGCCCCUCCUCUUUGCCAAUGAUAUCCUCCCUCCGGAGCAGCCAGAGCUUUGACUCUUCCAGUGGGCUUGCACGACUCCAGUCCUCCAUUCCCUCCCCAGGCCAGCUCAGCCAGCGAGUCCAGAGCGUAGGGAACUUCCCCACCACUCCCCGACACCCGCUAAAAGCCACAGCCUACGUGAGCCCCACGGUGCAGCAGGGCCCCACCUCCACCUCGCUGUCCAGCUCCGUCAGUCUCCACUCCAUCCCCAGCAGUGCUGCACUGCCUCAGCCCCUCAAACCCAGCAGCAGUUUGGUACCACAGCCCCUAAAAGCCAGCGCCAACCAAGCAGCUGUCACCCGCAGCUCUCUUCCUCGCCCGGCGUCCUUUGUGGGAACAGGUGGAAUUCCACGUGCAAGCAAAAUCACCCAACCCACACGCAGUUUGCUGACUCCUCCAAAGAGCCUGGCUGCCCUGAGCGCCCUGAGGGAUGGCAGCUGGAAAGACGGCUGCUACUGAACCCAAAUAAACUGAAGUUUAAGAGGUGCACAGGGUAACGCUGUAUGGGACCCAACUGAUUUAAAGUGUUGCCGUCAGGAGGGCCCAGUUUAGACAGAGUGACUGUUGACAUUUCUAAAGGGCACUACCCUUCACUGAAGGACAGAGCAGAGACUGUUAACGGCGCUGGUCCAGCAGGCUGGAUCUUUACAUUACUACCUGCUAAAAACACAGACUGACUUGUUACGAAACAACCUGGCAAUAUUCUGAUAAUCAGUUGUUAAAUGUGAACUGGAUCUUCUUUGAUAUGUGUUUUUUGAUUUGUCAUUGUGGAUAGUUAAGGCUUUCAUUCGACGGAAUGAAAAUUUCUCUCCAGUUGAAAGCUUAGAAAAGAAUAGUCCAUGCUUUUGUACAUGCUUUAAUGAUUUCUUAUGACUAAUUUUGCAAUUAUUGAUUUUUGUCAGACUGUGGUGUCAGAUAUGAAGUUGAACCUGGAAGUUUUGUUACAUCCUGUGCCUGUUUAAAAAGUAGUGUAAGUCAUGUUAUAUUUAUUGGCUAAACCUCACAGCACUUUGAUCAGAAUAAUGAUUAAUACAUUAAGGUAAUUUGCUUUGUUUCUUCGGUAAAGUAAGUGCACACACAUUAUCUUUUCUUUCCAUUAUUGAGCAGAGAUUUUUAAUGUUCUUUGAUAAACAAAAUCACCGCAAUGAUAUUGCACAAAGAGCCCUGAUGCUUUUUAUGGAUGACAAGAAUUUAAAGAGGAGGUGAAUUUUUAAAGUGAA